AUGGGCACAGGUCCGCGGUGGUCUGCGGGCGCCUCCGAACUUUCCACGGUUGCCACUGCUACUGCAGCAGCUGCUGCUGCUGCCGAAAAUCCUUAUGAAUUUGGUCCAGACGAGUGCAGCGUGAGUAACCUGCCCGUCUGGCGGCGCUCGUCAGAGAUCGCAACGGGCCGGUCAUCUGCAGAACCAGGCAAAACAGCCCAGGUAUCGAGCACACCGCCAAUUGUCUGUCAGUUGGGAAUUCCGUGAACCACGCCUGCCCCCAACCCCAGUCCCGUUGGCUUUCAACAACGCAUGCCUGCUCCCCUGCUACUGCUUACCAGCUAUCCUCUUGCCAGAACACACCGCACGACUAUACCUUUUUCGGCUCUUCUGCUACACCUGGCGUGCAAGAGUUACUGCGUUCGGUCUAGCACCUAGUGCAUGCAAAUACGUUUUUUAAUCAAAUCUAAACAGUACUAUCGCAUCCUUAAUUACCAUCUUCCAGGUAAUCCGGAUUUUAAGAUCAUAUUUUGCCUGCACAAAACCUCUUCCUGCGUAGCUGUGCUAGCCGUGCAUGUGGGCCGUUUCUGCGAAGUUUCUGUCGAACGUUUCACAGGGGCAUAACAACGUCAUAAAACCCGUUAGUUGCACUUAUUUUUUAUUGUACUGUUACGUCCUACUGCGAACAAGUGUCCUCAUGAACACAAGGGCGAGACUGGAAAACCGAAAGGUCGCAAGGUUUUUAAUAAAUUGUUGGCCUACAAAUGGUCUCUUGAAUCUGUCUGCUGUCAAGUACCUGUUCCUUCCACUCAAAGGUGGUCUGAACAUGAACCUGACUCGUUAUUUCUUCUUCCUCUCCUACCAUUUACUUGCAUUAGACUUUUACUGAAUUCCUGAAUGUAUAUCUCAAAAAGCAGUUUCGAAAGAUAUGAGGCACAGUAAAUAAAGUGAGUCUACUACGGAGUCUUCUCUUGACUGCGGAACUGUGUUAGUUUUUCCCCCACCUGACUUCUUUUAACGAGUUAAUGUCUCCCGAUGUGGACGGACAUUAAGAAGUGGUCGCUUGACAUUUUAUGCCUCACGGAAUGGCAUUCCCACCCUUCUACUCUAUCUUUGAAUUCAGUCAUAAAAUUCCUAUACAUUGACUGAAAUUACUACUAACAUGACGCUCAUACAGCUGGUUUCGAUCAACGAUGACAUCGGGCAACCUUGGUUAAGUAUGUUGUCUCAGCUAUGCUUGACUCAUAGAAGUGCAGCAGUACCCGAAAACAUUCAAUUCUAAACUUUCCUGAACAAGAAGUGUUUUCUUUCAUGACUCUGAUUACUGCGCUUCCACUGGCACCAUCUAGGCCCCAGACGACAUGUCCUACACCGUGCCUCGUGCCUCCAGCAGUCUUGGCCAGACGUUCCCCGGACGAAUGAACACUGAGCGCCUCAACGGUGUGGACCCAGAAAUGUCCUAUAAUCGUACCUCGCCACUAAAACAGAACUAUGCUCCGCCCAUGAGACCGCCUCAGUUUACCGACAGGGCCAAUCGGAAUGCCGCGCGUUCGCCGGAGGAAAAGGAGGCUCAGACGGCGACGCCGAUCCUGUGA